AUGUCCAGUAAUUCAAUCCCGAAGCCCUGGGGUUACCGGUGGCGCUCGUCCCGGUUCCUCAUCGUCUCCUCUAUCACUAUUGCUCUCUUCUCAGAAACCUUCCUCUACGGGUUCCUGGUCCCGAUCUUGAGGUAUAUGCUCGAAGACCGUCUACACACCGAUCCCUUGGAAACACAAAACUACACCACUGCCCUCCUUACCAUCCACGGCUUGUUUACUCUGGUUUCUGCUCCAGUCAUCGCGCACUUUGUCGACAAGUCGCCCAACAGGAGGACUCCUCUCUUGAUUGCCUUAGCCGGAUGCUGCGUGGGGACUCUUCUCAUCGCGACCACUGCUUCCGUAUGGAUGCUUUUCGUCGGACGCAUUAUCCAGGCUAUCGCGGGCGCCGCCGCCUGGGUGAUUGGCUUUGCGCUGCUCGUGGAUAAUGUCGCGAGGGAACACGUUGGGAACAUGAUCGGAAUUGCCAUGUCGUUCGUCACGGCCGGGAUUGUUGGCGGUCCCAUGGUCAGUGGAGUGUUGUUAGAGUGGAUCGGAUACUGGGGGGCCUGGUCGGUGCCGUUGGGCGUGCUGGUGCUGGAUAUCAUCGCUCGGUUGGUCCUCAUCGAUCCAGCGGAUAUCCCCAAGGUCUGCCCGGAUCCUCCGACUAGCCGCCAGCCCGAACCCGGUGAAUCUACCGGUCUCUUGUCGGGGGUGGUGACCCCGGCCUCGCACGCAGAUGCGACUGCGACUGCGACGGCGACGGCGACGGCGAAUGCAACUGCAGAGGGCUUCUACCGCACCAUACUCGGCGACCUGCGGGUUCUCGCGGGUCUAGCCAAUGCCCUGAUGACCUCCUUCAUCAUGGCCGGCUUCAACACCACGCUCCCCGUGCACCUGCGCGAUAUCUUUGGCUGGGGGAGCUUGCCCAUCGGAAUGAUGUUCUUCUUCUUGCAACUGCCGCCUAUCAUUCUCGGUGGCACUAUGGGCUGGGUCCGGGAUAAAGUCGGGCUGAAGCUGCCGACGACUCUCGGCUGGAUCGGUUCCGUGCCUCUGCUUUGGCUGCUGGGGAUCUGCGGAGAUGAGCGAUUUCCCUGGGCGAAUACAGGGCUUCGUGGAGCGCGGUUGUUUGUCGGGUGUAUUCUUGCCUUUGGGGUGGUUUCGAUGCUUGUUCGUGGUGCGGGACCGGUGCAAUUAGCACGUAUUAUGAAAGACCUGCAAGCCAGGAAUCCUCAACUGUUUGGUGCGAAUGGAGGCAGCUCGAGGGUGUUCUCGAUGACUGAGAUGGCGUAUAGCCUUGGGAUGAUGCUUGGUCCCUUAUUCACUGGGGUGUUAUCCCAGAUGAUCGGAUACUACUAUAUGUAUCUAAUCCUAGCCAUACUCUGUCUGCUUCUAGGCGUGGCUUCAUUUCGAUAUCUAGAUGGUGAGCCCAAGUCGGAAACUUCAUAAUCCAGAGUAAUUAUC